AGUAAAUCAACUACAUCCUCAACAUCACAACCACCGCACUCUCCAAUUGUCCUUCACAUAACACAGAUCGCAAUAUGCCACCACGAAAAAGCGAUGUCGCGAAGCCCGUCACCGGCGAGGAAGCCACACCCACUAAAGAGACAACCGUAGUUCGAGAGGGAACUAGUAUCGAGGUUUGUCUUUAGGUUUAUUUCCCGUACUUUUCUUACAGCCGGUCUCUCUAGCUAGAUUCUUCCGAAUGUGGAUAUUUCGAGUCCGGUCCAGGAGACUCUGAGGUUGACUCUUCUCCUCGUGCUCGAAUUAGAGGUCAAACUAAUGGAUUUCAUGGCCGACAGGAUCUUAAUCUUCCGAAAAGUAUUGUGACGAGGUUGGCGAAGGGAGUUUUGCCGCCGAAUACUCAGAUUCAGGGGAAUGCGAUGUUGGCGAUGAGUAAGAGUGCGACGGUCUUUGUUAAUUAUUUGGCUACGCAGUGAGUUGGACUCUUUAUUUCGAAGGUUUGGGAGGGUUUGCGGGGAAGGUCAAUUGGAGAUUGUGCGGGGAAUUGGAGAAGAGAUUCGAAGGAGGGAAUAUUGCUUGAAAAGAUUGCUAACUUAAUUGUGAAUACAAAGUGCAAAUGAGAACGCACACAAUCGAAGUGUUAAAACGAUAAUGCCGCAGGAUGUAUUCAAGGCAUUAGAUGACCUAGAAUUUCCAGAUUUUAAACCGAGGUUGGAGGCGGAGCUUGCAAGUUAGCAUACGAUUUUAUAUUCUACUAGAAUUGACAUGCUUAGUGGCAGAAUGCCGGAGUCACGACAUGCUAAUCUUGAAUAAAUGAUAACAGAAUUCAUCGAAACGCAAAGUGAUAAGAGAAACACAUACAGAAAGAAAGUCGCAGCGGAUAAAGCAGCUGGGAGUCAAGCGGGAAGAUGGUGAAGGAUCGAAUAAAGGAUAAAGGUAUGGAGAACCAGGAAAAUGAUGAAGAUAAAGGGGUCAUGAGAGAACAGGAGGAAUGAUGAAGAGAUAGAUGGGGAAGAAGAUUUGAUGAGGAUGAAGAAGGGAAGGAGGAUGAAGCGGAUAAUGGAGGAUAGUGAUUGAAGCUAGACUCGAGUUGUGUGGAUCUUUCAAAUGGGGUGAAGGGAAAAAUAUCUAUUUGCUAAAGGGUUGGGACGAUAAGGGAAUCGAAGCGUGCAUUUGUGAUGGAGUUUGGUAUAUGGAUAUAGGUUGUUAAAAAAGUCCGCCGGGUACAAGAAUAUAUACUUCACAAUUAAUGUCUACUGUAGUUCCUCCAUGGAUAGGCAGAAUGAUUCAAGGAU